AUUCUGUUCAGGGAGCUGCCAGCUGUCAGCAACUUACACCACUCCUUGGAACAUUGUCUCAAGCCCGGUGCUCUGCACCACUCCAUGAGCUGCUCAUAAUCAUGGACGAUCUUGCAAGGACGAUGCGGCGGGUGGGCCUGCAGCACCGUGCGUAUGUCACCUUUCUCAUGGGUGCGGGGGACUAUGUGAAGGGGGUGGUGGCACUGGCCAAAAGUCUGAGGGCGGUGCAGAGCUCGUACCCCCUGAUUGUGGCUGUCACAGAUUGUGUGCCUGGAGCGCAUAGGAACUGGCUUUUGAGGGAGGGGUGCAUUGUGCGGGAGAUUGAAAAGGUGAAGCCCAAGAGCGCGGGGGCCGUCAAGUUUGCGUGCGACUACUAUGUGGUGAACUAUACCAAGCUGCGGAUAUGGCAGAUGCUAGUCGUCUUGUCUCAACACACCCAGCUGCGUGGAACCGGGCUGGUCAGGGGAUGAGAGUUUGAGGAGUACGACAAGCUGAUCUACCUGGACGCCGACAUGCUCCUUUUCCAGAAUAUCGACGAGCUCUUUGACAGGCCCCCUGGGACCUUGAGCGCCGUCAUGGACUGUUUCUGCACGUGGAGCUACACAGUGCAGUACCAGCUGGGCUACUGCCAGCAGGCCCCACACAAGGUGCCCUGGACCGCAGACGCGCCUAAGCCCGCCCCCUACUUCAACGCCGGCAUGUUUGUCUUCGAGCCCAGCUCCACCAUCUUCAAGGACAUGCUGCAGAAGAUGGAGGAGUGGCCCGCGACGCCAUUCGCAGAGCAGGACUUUCUGAACCGCUACUUCGAGGCCGUUUACCGACCGAUCCCGAGCUGCUACAACCUGGUGCUGGCCAUGCUCUGGCAACAUCCGGAAAACGUCGACGUCAAGAAGGUCAAGAACGUGCACUACUGCGCCAAGGGUUCCAAGCCAUGGAACUUCGACCCUGCUGCGCCUUACAUGGACCAUCCCACCGUCCAAGACUUCGUCGCGCAAUGGAAAAAGGUUUAUAAUUCCGAGUCGCGCGCGGGCCAGGCUGACGUCAGUCUCCAAGUACGCGAGGCGGCCACGCUGGGAGCGUCAAACAUGCCCACGUCAGCGGACGUGCAGCAAAAGCUGCUGCCAAAGCGGAUCAUGGCGUAAACGCCACGUCCGCAUAGGGAAGCAUAGCCAUUCCCGCAUGAGCGCACGGGAGUAAGCAUUGCAUUCAAGUUACAAUUGCGGAACUGUACCAUACAUAAAGGCAUGAGCCGGAUAGAAUGAAACAUAACAAGCGCUGAUAGAUAUUUGGGUAAGCUGGGGUUCCGCCGUUCCUCGUAUAUACAGAACUGGAAGGGGCGUAAAGCGCAAUCUCUACGUACAUGUACGAUGCAAAGAGCGGCUGUUCAAUACGUUAGAUUCGUUAGAAGCUUGCAUGAUCAAGGGUUGUGAAACGAACAAAAGCCUUGAACAGGGUCGAUUGAAGUCAAGGCCGUUCGUCUAUAACCAAGUUUGCAGUAUCACAGAUUCGGACGCUUCUCGGACACUUUCAUAAUCAUAGUAUCUCCCACG